AAUGGAACUCCUGGAAUAGAGGGGCCAUCAUUAGAAAUCUAUGCAAGUACUAGUGUUAGUUUGAGUGUUUCAACCUUAGCCAUAAAUUCAUAGUCUUGGACUCUAAGGUGAGUGUUCCAUAAGCUAGGGAUGGCGAUAAUGAUUUGAUUCUUUUCUAAAUCAUCGGAGAAGAUGACAUGAAACAUAGCCUAUAUUUCUAGCUUAUUUUGUGUAUACUCCGUCAAUCUUGAAAAUACUUUCUUGGUAGUUUCUAAUGAGAAAGUGAGCAAAUGCAAAGUUGUAUAUUUGUUUUUACAUUCUAUCUUUGCGUGUCUUUUAAGGUGUGACAAGAACCAUUUCCUUUGUUGUUUUCGCCUUUGGAUCUAUCUGCAUACCAAUUAAAUUUCAGUCAACUGAAAUGAAUAUUGCUUCUAUUUCUACAGUUCAAGUCAUCCAUUUCCAAAGACUUAGAUGUUGAUGUUUGUUUGCAGACUUAAGAAGUCAAGUCUUACCACUGGUGUCAAUGGCUAAAGGCCAAUGUAAGAAUUUCCUUUUCUCUUCAGCUUUUUUCCCCCCAAUAAGUCUGACCCAUCUUAUACGUUUGGUUCCACAUAGUGUUUCUUUUUGACAAAUUUUACCAGUGAGAAAGACUUGUAAUGAUUACAAUGUUUAGAAGUUAUGGAAUUUGAUCUUAUAAGAGAGUUCUGGUGAGCUAGCUAGAAUUACGAUUCACAAACCUUCGAGUUUUUCCUCUUCUUGCAGUAUAGAUUCAAUAUGGCUUUGGCUUCUUCUUUUAUUUGCUUCCUUCUAUCUCUUCUUCUGAUCUUAGUUCAGGCAAAGGGAAAAAAUGAUUCAACUUGUCCAAAGUUCUUUUCAUGUGGGAAUCUUACUGACUUGAGCUUUCCUUUCUCUCUUUCCUCACGAUCUGAUUGCGGACUAAUGAUCAUGUCUGGUUGUGAUACUAAACCAUAUCCAAGAAUCCAACUGCUUCCUGGAGGGGAUUGGUACACUCCUAUGGAAAAACCGCAUAAUUUUACAGUUUGGCUCUUGGACCCGAAGCUUCAUACCAUGUUGAGGCAACACAAGUGCCAGUACUUUUAGACUAAAAGUUUCCUCCCUUCAAGACUCUCCUUCUAUUUCUUUCACUACCCCUACGCUUCACGAUUUCUUCAAAUGUAACAGCACCAGUCGUAAUGCCCCAAACACUACCCAUAAGAAGAAUGAUCAUUUUGCUGGUUAUAAAAUAUACAAUGGUUGUAAAGACUUUAGCAUAUACUACAAGCUUUCUGGAGAUGGUGAUGAAGACAUUCGAGCAGGCAAUUUUCCUGCCAAUUGUUCACUUAUCAGAUUGCCAAUUGACACGUUAGCAUAUGAUAGGGAUGUGUUCAAAAUGUUAAGUCACGUUUUUCUGGUACAAUGGGAACUGUCUUACGACUGUUACCAAUGUCACCAAGGUGGAGGUCAUUGCCAGACUGAUAAAACCAACAAAUUUCAAUGUACAGGUAUAAAUAAUCCACAUGCUCAAGAUGCAAAAACAACAAAAAGCAAGUUAGGAGUGACUCUGGGAGCAGGUAACUUAACCCAAUGGCAUAGGAAUAUUAUACACUUUCAGUACACAGAAGAGGUUGUUGAAUCCUCGAGGUCGGAGAAUGUAAAGGGGAUCAUCAGAGUGACAGUGGCUCCUCUGUCCAAUGGCCCCCUCGUUGUUUCGGGAUCAAAACUGGUGAUACAGAAAAUGAAUGGGAGAAGGUUAAUAGUAGCCAUAUUAACUGUGGACAUGAACAUGCGAGGUCCCGAAAUUCUAGUAGAAUGGAAACUGUCUGAGGAAUGUAACGAAUGUCAUUAUAGUGGAGGUCAAUGCCAGACUGAUAAAACCAACAAAUUUUCUUGUCACAAAGAUGCAAAACCACCUACAGGUAGUACCGAUCAAAGAAAAGAAACAACUGGAAGAAAUAUGGUGGGGCAGAUUCUGGGAACAGUCUUUGGCGGAGUAGGAUCGGUGAUGAUAACUUCUUUAGCUGUAUACGUUAUCUGGCGUUACAAGAAGAGGAAAUUUAGUUCAUCCCACUUCUUCUCGACAAGGAAAUUGUCAAAUAUCUUUAAUCAUGAUGCUGAGGGAGGCAGUAUAUACUUUGGUGUUUCAGUCUUCUCUUAUUCAGAACUUGAAGAAGCCACAGAUGAUUUCAAUUCCUCUAGAGUACUUGGAGAUGGAGGUUAUGGAACUGUUUACUAUGGAAAACUUAAAGAUGGACGGGAGAUUGCUGUAAAGCGCCUCUACGAGCACAACUGCAAGCGAAUGGAGCAGUUUGUAAAUGAAAUUGAUAUCCUUACUAGACUAAGGCACAAUAAUCUUGUCACCCUCUAUGGAUGCACUUCAAGACGAAGCCGUGAACUACUCCUUGUCUAUGAAUAUAUUCCUAAUGGUACUCUUGCUGAUCACCUUCAUGGUGACAGAGCGAAGGACGGAUCACUUACCUGGCCAGUCCGCAUGAACAUUGCCAUAGAAACUGCUGGUGCAUUGGCUUACCUGCAUGCUUCUGAUGUAAUACACUGCGAUGUGAAGACUAAUAACAUACUCCUUGAUCACAACUUUGGUGUUAAAGUUGCGGAUUUUGGGAUUUCAAGGCUCUUCCCAAAUGAUGUCUCUCAUAUUUCGACUACACCCCGGGGUACCCCAGGCUAUAUUGAUCCAAAGUAUCACGAAUGUUACCAGCUGACCAUUAAAAGUGAUGUCUAUAGCUUCGGGGUGGUCCUUGUUGAGCUCAUUUCAUCAAUGCCAGCUGUGGAUAUGAACAGGCAUAGCCAAGAGAUCAAUUUGGCCAACUAUGCAAUAAACAAGAUCAUAAAAUCUGCAGUUAAUGAGUUGAUUGAUCCAUCCCUGGGGUUCGAUUCAGAUACCAAAACUCGGGAAAUGACUACUUCAGUGGCGGAGCUGGCUUUUCUGUGCUUGCAGACAGAUAGGGACGUGAGGCCUACUAUGGUUGAAGUUUUGGAUACUCUAAACGAGAUUCAGACUAAUCUCAAUGCCAAUGAAGCUAAAAUAGUAGCAGCUCCUCCUUUCCCUGAAUCAGAAGAUAUUGUUUUGUUGAAGAAAGUUAAAUCACUACCUUCUCCAAAUUCUGUGACUGACAAAUGGACUACUUGCUCUGAUAUAACUUGUACAAAGUAGUUAAGAUUUCUAUACUUCGUUUCUUUGUUACUUCUAUGUAAAUUUUGGGAGACUGCAUAUGUACUACUGUGAGAAGUUUCUUGAGCUAUGUACUAUGAGUAGAAGUGAUCCAAUUUUUAAUUUCUAUAAAAGUUUAAGUUGUAUACACCCGGCAGUUUUAAGAACUUUUUAAUCGAGAACUAAUGGAGUUGUUGA